UUUCAUGCGCAUGGCGACCUCGAACCAGCUCGGACUGCUUGUGGUGCUCGCCCUCUUCAUCGCUGCGUUUGUCGCGUCGAUGAACGCACUCACCUCGUCGAGCAGCUCGCCGGUGCAUGACGAGAGCAACAACAAUACCGUGACGUACACGAUGCGCCUUCACCAACUUUUCGGCGCACCCGACGGCGUCAACCGCAGCAUGAUUGGUGUCAACGGCGGCUUUGGCUGGGACUUUGUCAUCCGCGCAGUUGAGGGCCAGCGCCUCGUGGUGCAUGUGCUCAACGAUCUGGACGAGCCGACGACGAUCCACUGGCACGGCAUCUUCCAGAACCAUAGCAACGCGUACGACGGGGCCUCGCACGUCACGCAGUGUCCGAUCCCGGCCGGCGGCCGCCUCACGUACGCGGUCAAGCUCGAGCAAUCGGGCACGUACUGGUGGCACUCGCACCACGGACCCCAGUACAUUGACGGUCUCCGCGGGCCCAUGAUCAUCGACCCGAUUGCUCCACCUGCGGUACGCACCGACGAAGAGCUCAUCGUGCAGCUCAGCGACUGGUAUCACCGCCAAGGUGCCGACGUUGUUGCUGCCAUCAACUCGCCUAGCCUCGAUAUUAACCGCCCCGUGGACAUCAUCCCCGACGCUGCGCUCGUGAACGGCCGAGGGCGCUUCAACUGCUCGUUUGCCGCCGGAGCGUGCACGCCACAUGCAGCGUACACCACGUUUCACGUGCGUCGCAAUGCGUCGUACCGUCUUCGCCUCAUCAACACGGCUGCGUUCGCGGGCUUCAACGUGAGCUUGGACGGCCACGUGAUGACGGUGGUAAGCGUCGACGGCAUCGACGUGGAGCCGACUUUGGUGACGCACCUGCGCAUCAACGUCGCCCAGCGCUACGACGUCAUCGUGCACACGAACGCGUCGACCGAAACCAGCUUUUGGCUCCGCGCCACGAUGAACAAUGUGGCGCCGCUCUUCUUCCUCGUGCCGCCAACCGGCCAAGACAUUUACGGCAAGGCGGUUUGGUCCUACACCAACGCGACCGAUGACGCGCCGCAGGACGAUGUCACGAUGACAGAUCGCAUCGACUUGGACGAAUUGCACUUGGUGCCGCUGCUAAAGGAGGUGCCGCCCGUGCCGGAACUCGCUUUUAACUUUACCAUUCGCAUCCAGAAGAACGACGUGACCAACGUCUCGGGCCCCCACGUCGCGAUCGACGAUGGACCGGCGUUUCCGUACCGGUACACAACGACCAAGCCGACGCUCUUUGCAGUGAUCGACGACGACCCGCUGCCCGCCGAGAUCCACCCGCUCGUGCUGCAUAAGGCUCGCACCAGUGUCCAGAUUCUGGUCAUCAACUACAACCAGGGCGAGCACCCAUUCCACAUGCACGGCCAUGCGUUCUGGGUCAUGGCGCAAGGCACCAACUUGGCGCGUAUUCCUAGCUUGGAAUCGCUCAAUGCACUGGCCGCGCCCUUGAAGCGGGACACGGUCGCCGUCGCCGCUUGCGAUUCGUUCCGCGGCGAGUGCGUCCAGCCCGGCUGGACGAUCUUGCGGGUUGUGCUCGACAACCCUGGCGUCUGGCUCUUCCACUGCCACAUUGAGUGGGACAUGGCCACCGGCAUGGGCAUGACGCUGAUCGUGAACCCGUCGACGCUGCGGACGAUGGGUCUGCCGCGCGACAUUCAGGCCACGUGCGCGUAGCAAGCUACGGCUCUAGUCCGCCACAAUAUAUACUACAUUUGUUGUCUACUA